GAGGGGGCGCGAGGCGUUGACCCGGAGCCCGAGCAGCACGCGGCUGCCCCGCACCUGCGGCGAUGGAUGCGGAGGGGGCGCUGAACACUUUGCGGGGGGGCGACGCGGCGGCCAUCGAGAGGGUCCUGCGGGAGUACAGCGAAGAGCACAGAGCGACUUUCAAAUUCGAUCUUGCAGAUGAAGAGAAGAGAAAGAAACUUUGUGAAGGGGUCUUCAAGGUCCUGGAGAAGGACAUCCCGACGUCCUGCCAAGUCACCUGCCUGGAAGUCCUCCGCAUCCUUUCCCGAGACAAGAAGGUUCUGGUUCCCGUCACCACCAAGGAGAACAUGCAGAUCCUGAUGCGGCUGGCUAAGCUGGAUGAUUCGGAGGCCUCCCUGGAGGAGGUGGCCCACUUCCCAGUCAUCGUGGAGUCGCUGAAAUGCCUGUGCAACAUAGUGUUCAACAGCCAGAUGGCCCAGAAGCUCAGCCUGGAGCUCAAUCUGGCCGCCAUGCUGUGCAACUUGCUGCGCAAGUGUAAGGACCAGCAGGUCAUCAGCGACAUUAAGUGCUUCGACCUGCGGCUGCUCUUCCUCCUGUCCCUCCUGCACACCGACAUCAGGUCCCAGCUCCGGUACGAGCUGCAGGGGCUGCCCCUGCUCACCCAGGCCCUGGAGAGCGCCUUCAGCAUCAAGUGGACUGAUGAGUACGAGGCGGCCAUCGACCACAACGGGCCGCCCCUGUCCCCGCAGGAGACGGAUUGUGCCAUCGAGGCGCUCAAGGCCCUCUUCAACGUCACGGUGGACAGCUGGAACGUCCACAGUGAGAGCGACUCUCACCAGUUCCGCGUCAUGGCCGCGGUCCUGCGCCACUGCCUACUCACCAUGGGCCCCACUGAAGACAAGACGGAGGAGCUUCACAGCAAUGCAGUCAAUCUUUUAAGCAACGUUCCAGUCUCUUGCUUGGACGUCCUCAUUAGCCCAUUAGCCCAGGACGAAAUUGCCCAGGAGGCAACAACUCUGGAUGAAUCAACCCAAGAAACUGAAACGGGCCAGGAUGAAACAAGAGAAGAAGAAGCCAAUUUGAAAUACAAUACCAUGGUGUACAAUGGCAUGAACAUGGAGGCCAUUCGAGUUCUCCUUGACUUUAUGGAGAAGAGAAUAGACAAGGGAAGCUGCUACCGGGAGGGCCUGACUCCAGUCCUCAGUCUAUUAACUGAAUGUUCCCGAGCUCACCGAAAUAUCCGGAAAUUCAUUAAAGACCAGGUCCUGCCCCCUCUGAGAGACGUGACCAACCGCCCCGAAGUGGGCAGCACCGUGCGGAACAAGCUGGUGCGCCUCAUGACCCACGUCGACCUCGGAGUCAAGCAGAUCGCCGCCGAAUUCCUCUUUGUCCUUUGCAAAGAGAGAGUGGACAGCCUCCUGAAAUACACUGGUUAUGGCAACGCGGCAGGGCUGCUGGCGGCGAGGGGCCUUUUGGCAGGAGGAAGAGGAGACCAUUGGUACUCCGAUGAUGAAGACACGGACACGGAAGAAUACAAGUCUGCAAAGCCCAACAUUAAUCUUAUCACUGGUCAUUUAGAGGAACCCAUGCCAAAUCCCAUAGAUGAAAUGACAGAAGAACAAAAGGAAUACGAGGCCAUGAAACUUGUCAACAUGCUUGAUAAACUUUCCAGAGAGGAGGUGAUUAAGCCCAUGGGUGUGAGGCCGGAUGGAACAAUGGCUCCUUUGGAGGAAACUCUCUGCCAGUACCAAGUCACCAAGGAGAACAGCUCCGACUCCGACUGAACGAAUCACCUGCUCCACUCUCAAUAUCGCUUUCAUCAGCAUCUUUCUCUGUAGCCCCAGGGGGAAAUCUUUUCUCUCCAACAUCUAGGCCCUUGCUUUUUGGCUGGAAGCACAUUAACUGGUUUACUUCUUCAGCGUCCGGGAUACUGAAAGGGGUGAUUCUGUGGGAUUUGCAAUAUUGAAACUGAGGCUCGGAACGGUCAGAAUGUCAGUAGGGUGCCGUUUACCCAAGGGCUGGGGGGGAGGUGAGGGAGGGAAACGGGGAGGGGGGGUUGAUGUGUAGGGAUAAAAAAAAUUAUUGCAUUUCAUGAGGAUGGGACGGAACAUUUGGUCCGCCGGGGCCCCUGGUCAGAAAGGAUGGCGCCGUCCAUCCGCCCGGAUGGACAAGCGCCCCCUCCCACGCUCCUCGGAAAGAUGGCGUCGGAUGAAGACCGAAUCACGUGACGGAUGGCGUGUCCUGCCUGAUUAGGGGAAGCCAGAGCAGCUGCUUCGUGGCCCCGGUAUCAUCUCACCACUUAUCAUGUCUCAAUUAUAUUUAAAGCUAUCAUAUGAAUAUAUAUGUAUACACACACAUGCACGCAAUUGCACAGAGGCUGCCCCCAACCAGCAUUUCUUCUCCAAGCUCAUUGUUUGAACUCAGAAUGCAAUUUCCCAUAGACCGGUCAUUAUGCAUGGUGGUUAGGUUCCUAGAUCAGCCUAAAAAAAAAAACAAAAAACAACCCUAUUUAAUCCCCCAACUCUAUUUAACCUACAGUGUCCCUGAUGUGUUGUAUAUAAUAAUAGAAUAGUCUCUAGCUGAUAUUGCCCCUAUGGGGAAUAGGCAUUCUGAGUUCCAAAUUGGGUGGUCUAGGAUACCGGCCCAUCGCCCCAGCAGCGGCCAUGAGACUGGGGUCUCUGACAGCGAGAGCUGCUUCGGGGUGGGAAGGAUAGGGGAGACCGGCUUUGGGGGCUGCGAAAGCCCAGGGCUUGGGCCUAAGUGGGGUCUUGGUCAGUUGGAGGCUGCCUCUCUGUGUCUAUGUGUCUCUAGAGAUCCAUUCAUUACCGUACAUAAUCAGGUUGUUAAUGGUAACUUUAUAUAUUUAAAAAAACAAAAAAAGAUUAAGACCACAAAAUUGUUGGUUUCUGCUAAUUUUGUUAGGGAUGUUCAUUUUUAUUUUUAGAGUGUGUCAGGAUUUUAGGACCGAAGGGUAGAAAAAUGAAUCAUGUCAUAGAAAGAGGGACCUACUAAAUUAAGUCAGAAGGAGUUUGGUUUCCUUUUUAUACAUAUAUAGAUAAUGUGCUUAACCACUGCCUUUUAAAACUUUAAAUUAAAUAAAAUAUUGGGGUUGAUUCA